GUAUUGGGGAAACACGACCAUGACAACCUUGGGAAACUCAUUAUACUCAUAGCUACAAUGUACGGGUUCUUCUUGAUACAAAUGAUUGUCAGUCUGUUCCACGGGAAUCAUGAUCAUUCUCAGAUAUUUAUGAAAGAAAGUCAGAAAUCGCAAGAGAUUCAUGUCUCUAAGAAUGAAAUAAUGGAACUUGAAAAUAAGGCAAGAAAAAAUGACGCCGUGCUUAACAACACCCCGAGGGAGGAUAAUCCGAUGGAGAGACAGGAGUCUAACGAGAGUCAGAAGGACCUGACGAUAGAAGAAUGUCCAUCAGAGUCCAACGUCUCCACGUACGAUAAAGACAUCAUCCCCGCCGUGUGGAUGGUGAUAAUUGGUGACUGUGUUCACAACUUUGCUGACGGUCUCGCCAUUGGCGCCACCUUCACCCAGAGUUUAACAGAAGGAUUGUCCACGGCUAUAGCGGUGCUUUGUCACGAGAUUCCACACGAGUUAGGUCAGUAUUCCCCUUGUUGUUUUCCUGAAAGUCAUUGGCCAUUGGCCAUUGGCGCCACCUUCACCCAGAGUUUAACAGAAGGAUUGUCCACGGCUAUAGCGGUGCUUUGUCACGAGAUUCCACACGAGUUAGGUGAUUUUGCCAUCUUACUCGCCGCUGGCUUCACCGUGAAGAGAGCUAUUGUGGCUAACCUUCUGUCCAGCAUCACCGCCUUUGUUGGACUCUUCAUAGGAAUUUCCGUGGGCGCAGAGUUCAAGAUCUGGAUCAUAGCUGCUGGCGCCGGCAUGUUUCUAUAUAUUUCUCUGGGAACGAUGAUGCCAGAGCUAGUCCGUAUAUUCAGAAACAAUCCAUGUAAAGAAAUGUUCUUUUCUUUGAAUGCGGGCUAUAUUUUUGGAGUGGUGGGAAUGCUGCUGUUAGCAAUUUACGAAGAGGGAAUAAAAAUUACGUAAUAAAUACUCUUCAGUUUGGAAUAUUUAUUUGCAAUGAUUUAGAUUCAGUAAUUUAAUCCUAUCUAUUAAUUAUGGUAAAUGAGAUUCAGUAAAUUAACCAAAUGAUAUAUGAUGAGUACGAAUGAGUUAAUUAUACAUAUGGAGAUAACGAACAGUAUUCAAGCUCA